AUGGCCUCUACCGCACGAGCAGACGAAGAAAUAGCGGUACCAGCGGCGGCUGCGGCGGCGCAGGUCCCUAACAAUCCGGCGGCAGAGGGCCCGAACAAUCCGGCGGGGGCAGAGGCCCCAAACAAUCAUGGGUUGCCUGAGUGGACGACGGACAACGACUUCGCGCAGGCGCUAUCGCUCGCGGGAUAUGCCAUCCUGCUUUUUGGCACGAUCGUCGGCAUUGCCAUGAAGUGGACAGCGCAGAGAUUCCACUGCAAUAGUUUCGGUGGCCUACUCGCGUGGGCUAUACUCAUCAACAUCCUGUGUGUGCAGAGCACGGCGCUCUUAGGAAAGGGCAUCAAGUCUUGGGGCGGCCGUCCGCGGAAAUGGCCCAUCAUUCUAAACUUCUUGGGUCGGGCUGUGGGCGGGCCUCUAAUUAUUCUCCUCUUCGCACUUCUGUGCGGCAUACAGCAGGCGCUCUGCAGCGUAGAGCUCGAGUGCCCGAAUGGACUUGUACACCAGCCGCGAAGGUCAUGA